CAUAGGCCAUUGCUCUUACGGUGGCUAAAGCGGAACGCGAUUGACGGACAGACUCCAACUUCUGACCAUCCCGCCGAAGCUCAGUGUCGAGCCCAGGGUCUUAUGAUUGCUCGCACCACAGUCGAAAUGAUCUCAGAUCUCUUCGUUACCGGUAGAGCUUCUAAGUUAACCCUUCAUUUCACUUCGUAAGACCCCAUCCACCUGUUUGACCGCUAUAUAGACAUCUAAUGCUUAGUUCUAGGUAUGCACUCUUCCAUGCACUUAUGGUACCUCUUAUCCAUAUCAAGGCGGAUCCAGCCGCACCGAGCUCAAUAUCUUGCAUGGAAGACAUUAAUAAGGCGAACAAUGCACUGAAAAGCCUUCCAAAAGAGCUUGAUUCUCUUUCCCAGAGCUUUGUGAUUGCUUUAAGACAACUUCAUUCAGUGUCAUCCCGGGCAGUCCCACAGCGUAAAGAGGAUCUUGAGUCAUCAGAGGGUAAAAAGGCAAUAACACCUCAUGAUGUUGGAUCCUCGGUGAAUAAUAUUUUUGGUAAUCAGGAAUUGGACCUGCUGAAGAAUCAAGAUCUCAGCUCGUCGCAAGAUCUUGAUUUCUCUGAAUGGGUUCAUUCAUAGUACUGAAUAUGGACAUGGGAGCUUUUCCUUUGGUAACGAGAAUGUGGUGUCUCAAAUGUGGCCAAAGGUUAUCAGCGUGUUAAGAUUUAUAGUUGGUAAUCCGGC